CGGGACCGUCCCGCUGCCGCCCCGCCCGCCGCUGCUCCCGCCGCUGAAUUUGCUCCGGUCCCUUAAUUGUUUCUCUCUCACGAAGAACUUUGUUUACAGUCCCUUGUGCGGCGAGCUGCAUCCCCUCUUAUGCUGGCUGCGGGCUGGUGGCCGCCGCAGUCCCGCCGGGCGGCCGGGAGGAAACUUCCAUGCUAGAAUACUGUCACCUCCAGUUCAUCAUUCAGCAACAUCUGACACUUCAAAGCCUUGAGCAGCUCUUUCUGCCUUGAAUUGUCACACAAGACAUCUUCAGCACUCUUCCUCUGCUUUCUGAGCCAAGGAUCUGUUACCAUGGAUUUCUCACGGAUCUGUGCAGCAUGUGCUCAGCAGAGCCUGCUCUAGCCUAAGAACGGACUGAGUCAAGACAAUCAAGAUGACAAACGAACCUAUCAAAGAGAUCCUGGGCACCCCAAAGCAUCCUGAUUCUGUACCCACAGAGAAGAGUAACAACAAUGACUGUGUGAUUACCACCAUCCCUCUGGUCAGCGAGUGCCAGCUGACAGCAGCCACGGGGGGAGCAGAGCUCUCGUGCUACCGCUGCACCAUUCCCUUCGGCGUGGUCAUCCUGAUAGCCGGCAUUGUGGUGACUGCCGUGGCAUACAGCUUCAACUCCCAUGGAUCCAUCAUCUCUGUUUUUGGGCUGGUCCUCUUGUCCUCAGGACUCGUUCUGCUGGCUUCCAGCGCAGUGUGCUGGAAGAUCAGGGAGCAGAACAAGAAAGCAAAGAGGCGGGAGAGCCAGACAGCACUCGUGGCAAACCAGCGAACCUUGUUUGGUUAAAGACAACCAAGAGAAGGCUGGACAGAAGGCAGAACCUUUGUAAGUCAACUUGGCUAUUUAUCAGUGGGAGAGAUUGCAGGUUCUAAUUUAACUGUGGAAAUGAACUGAAAUGAAAAUGGAAUGGAUUAAGAAAUAUUCAUAACAACUCUGCAAGUGCUCUUAAUAUUUUUCUUCCUGCAUACUUGGUAGUGAUUCUUUCCCAAGACAGAGGAAAACCCAUUUUUCCUUCACAGAAAACUGUGUCAUCAUAACUGCAACCAUCCUGACCGUGUUCUCCAACAUGCUGAUCAUGUUGGAAAGGGAGCUUGUGAGAACUGAGAAAAUAAUUUGAACUGACUUGAAAUGCCAGAGAUCUCCUUAAAACACUGACAUUUGACCAAGGGAGAAGUCAUAGCAUUUGAAGUGACUAUGAGCUUAUGGCCAGAGUAUCUGGGACUUAAACUGUAGCUCAAAAAAAAAAAAAAAAAAAAGGCAAUAAGAACACACUGCAAAUUGCUCAAUAAGCUGAUUCUAAUAUUUUAUGUAACUUCCCCUCCCAAUACCUGUGGUACUUUCCCCUUUUUUUAAACCAACUAAUAUUAAUUUUGUUUUAUUAUUGAAUAGAAAUCAGUAGAAAUGUGUAAGUGUAUUGUCUAACCUAAAUAACGAGGUAUGAUCAUAGCUUAAAACAUGAGACUUUUUUGCAAAUUAAAGUGGUCAGGUUUAGCACUUUCGGUUAUUUUGCUAUAAAACUAAAAAAUAAAUUUCAUUAAAAUAAUAUCCAGUGCUGCUAGACCUUUAGAAAAUAUUUCUUUAUUGCUAUCAAGAUAGCUUGUAUCUUCAACUCUGACUGCUCUAUAUUUCUAUUUUUGUAGAACAACCCCUGUGACAAUAACUGUGAACACAUGUACUGCUGAUCUCCUACAAAAACCUCUGCAGCCUAUGGACUUUGGUUUGAUAGUCCAACCCUCUGCAGCUUGAUUAACAGCUCUGUUGUUGAAAAAUUACAGCAGACAGUUCUGCAGACACUCACUGUCACAGUCAGUUCUGAGACACAACUUUUAAUAAUAACUUGUGGAAGCAAAGCUCUGUGUAGUGUUUGUUGAUUGAGCUUUGGGAUUACAAAUCUUCAUGAAAAGCAGGUGCCAGGUGUCCCCUGUGUAUGGCUGAGGUGUUGAUUCUGUAACUCUUGUGUUCUAGAGGUCUUCCAGCUUUUCUCAGUUAAUGGAUUAUUGAGGGGCUUGUCUCAAAUUGAAGCAAACCAGAACAUGAUUUCUCCUUCUUGAAGGAAAAGUGGUGCUGAGCUGAGUCACAGAUUUCCACAUGAGAAGGCAGAGGGGCUGCAUGGAGCCCUUUUCUAUUUUUUCACUCUUUUAUUUUUCCCCUUACUUUCUGCAGAAUCAAUAGUGCUGGGUGUGACUUUUGCUUUCCACUACCAAGGUGAGACAGGCCUGUGCUUUCUCUUUGCCCCCAGAGCCUCUGGCAGCCAGGACAGCUUUGGUGAUGCUGCUGCAGAGCCCACCUGCCAGAGAGGUGCUGCAGGGGGUUCCUUCUGCAGCUCAUCCUGGAUCCCUACGCUUCUCCUGCUGAAACCACCAAGGAAUUCUGGCUUAGGUGCUACCAUUUCCUCUGCCCUCCAUGGUUUAAGCUUGUUACAUCCAUAACUUAUCCCUGGAUUUGCAAAGUGCACUCAUGUUUUAAAUAGAGUGAGCUAUAUGUGCAGCAGGGGAUGUUUGGGGUCAGUAUUUGCGUUGCCACACUCCGUGGUUACCAGACGCUAUAAUAAAAUCACUUGCAUCAGAGGAAAGCUGACAACACAUUUUAGCACUUCCAUAGCCCUCACUUAAUCACGGCAGGAAGCUUUCCUGCUGCUAGGAGAACAUGUUGCGUCACCAGAACAUCUGACACCGGUGUCUAGUGUCAAUCACUUUGCUUAAGGUCAUAAAAAAUAUUAGGGUGUCCCCUUACGAUGUACAGGUUUUGCAUGAGUGACAAUUCAUGGGAAAUACAUAGCAUGAUAAAUAAUGGAACAGGUGGACUAAAGUGGUGUCUUUCCUGUUUAAAAUGAGAAAAGUGAUUGACAUCAGCAAAGCUAGAUAAGCUAAAUAGAGCUGUUCAUCUUUUUCCCUCCCUGGGAACACAAUAGUUUUUCUGACUCCUUCUUCCCCCUCCCCAUUUCUUUUUUUCCUCAGUAGAAUUUUGGGGGCUGCUAAGGAGAGAACUGCAGGGCUGUAGAGGUGCAGUGAUUUCCACUACCUGUGUAGCAGUUUGGCUCCUUGAUUCCUUGGUUAACCCCAGAGCAGGAGCAGCCCAUUGCCCUCUCCAGAAGUCUUUCCCACACAUGGGUCGUCCUUUGGCCAUCACUGUGAUAACAGCUGAGCUUGCUGUGGAAGGAAGGUAGAAGUACAAGGUGAUGCUCAGCUCCAAGUCAAAAAAGAAAAGCCAAACUCAGUGGAAUGGAGACAAGGGGGGUUCUGGAGCAGUCUUUUUUCAGGAAGGGUAAAUAACAGUGAGUAAGAGUUGCUCUGCUACUACUAGAGAUGGUUUCCCUUUCCUUUGCUCUGCUUUCUUUGACAUCUGCAGUGCAUAGGCAAGGACACAGCAGAGUUCCUGGACCACCCUCUGCCUUGGUAAUUGUGAGGCACCUGGGCCUUACCCAGCCUGUGAGCAGUGACAGACACAUUGCAGUGACCCCUGGCACAGCAAAGCUUCAGACACACCAUCAUCUCCUGCAGUACCAAACUGACCGGCUGGGAGGCCUCUGGGUGAUAGCGGGCUGCUGAGCUCAGCAGCAUCGUCUGUAUCCUCUAGAGAUGAGGUACAUGGCACAAGCAUCUUCAUAUCAAGAAGCAAAUGAAAGGCUGUGCAGGAAUUCAGGCUUAUUUGUCUUUAUUCAGAAGAGCAAAACAGUACCUUUGUGGAAGAAUCCCAGCACCUGAUCCUGGUGUCCUGCAGGAGCAAAGCAGAGGUUGUGAGCAGUUCAGGCAGAGAUUUUUAUGCUGUUGAAGAUAUUUUCAAAGGUUUCAUCACUAAGUGUUCACAUGGCCUUAGAAACUGAUUGCUCCCCCAUGAUUUGUUUGCAUUGAUUUUGGGCCAGUCUAAAGCAGUAGUAGCAUCUUUUCUGACUGACCAGCGAUGACAUCCGACCCAUGUCUCACAGUCUAUGUUUUUUUCUUCUUGCAAAUCUAUAUAUUUCAGAUUUUUUCAUUAUUAUCCUCUCUCUCUGCACACCCAGGAACAACAUAUCCUUUUCAGCCCUUAAAGCCCAACCAAAAUUUCUGCUUCAAAUUUUGAACCCCAAGACCUAAUCUGGAUUGAUUUGAGGUUUCAUGCCUGGAUGCUGGGUGCUGUAGUGCACCAAGUCUUUCAUACAAAGCCAUCUGGAACUCCACGAUUGGUGUUUGGUGUUUCUCAUGGGAAUCUGAGAAGCAGAAGGAUGCAACCCUGUGGAGAUCAAAGUGACUUUCCAGUUCAGAAACACCUUUCCUUCUGGUGUGAAAAGGCUUUGAAUGUGACAAAUGGUGUUUCGGUUCUGGGAGAGGCUGGGUGGGAGCUGAUGCAAAUUUUAUUCUCACAAUUGCUUGUCUCUCCCUUCCUGAAAGCCCUGGCAGCACUGCACAAGCAAAACUGCCCUCACAAGGAUAGAAAAUUAUCUAAUAGAGGAAUUGUGCUGGUGCUCCGGGCAAAUGUUACAAUGAUCUUAAAUAAUAAUUUCAAAACCUAAGCACAGGAAAUUGUGUCUGUAACUACACCCUGUAUUGCUAUUGUACAAAAAGACAGUUAUAGCCGGGGAUAGUAUUUAAUAAUACUGUUUGGUAUGACAAUGCUUAGAUUUUGUUCAAGCCAAAACACCCAAUUUACAAUUCCCCAGUCAUUUCACGUGUUGUGUUUUGUACGUGACUCUGGCUUUAAUAUCACAAUUUUCCAGGUUAAAAAAAAAAAAAAGAACAAGAGAGAAAGAGAGAAAGGUUAGUUUCAUGGACUUGUGUCAAGAAUUAAGUUUCUCUGCCAUGGACACUUGGGAGAGGUCCUGUUACCAAACACUGAAUGUACAGUAUUACUGCAGCUCCACAGAACAGGAACCAGCUCGGAGUGUGGAACGAAGAGAGACCUGAGAGUCUCAUCAGCAUCCGGAAGAGUCAGGCCUGGAACAAGCCCUCUGGAGUAUCCCGUAUUCCUGCCUCAGAUCUGCUUAUCCAGAGUCAAAUCCAGGGUUACUGCUCCUUUGAUAGCUGAGAUAGAAGUUGCAGGUUUCACCUAAUUUGUUUUUACAACUAAUAAUAAUAAUAAUAAUAGCAGGACAAUAUUGGCAGCCAUCAUUUUGCAUACAUAUUACCAGUAGCUCUGAGCACUGACAGACUUAAUUUUGCUUUUAUAUUUACAAUACCUUUGAUGCCUGUAGGUUGUAUGAUAUUUUAGCUAUAUCAAUAUAAAUAUUUGCCAGUCAUGAAGGGCUUUUAUAUAUUGAAGUACAUUACAUAUCAAGAAUGGCGCUGUAUGAUGUGAAAAAUACAGAUUCUGCAGAAAUCUAUGUGUGGACUAAAUCUUACAGGCUAAACCAUGUGGGAGAACAAUGGUCUUAACUGCAAAAUCAACUUGAAUUUUUUGGCUUUUAUUCAGGUUGUUGAUGUCACUAUUAACAUGACACAGGACCUAAUCCUUCCUCUUGUGAGCAGCCAGUUGGAGUCCCAUUGUCCUGACUCUGUGCAUCCUAAAAUUUGCAUUUGUAGUAAACAUGGCAAUUUUGAAAAACA